AAAGGCACUUCGGGGUCCUGAAUCUGUGAAAGUCUGAGCUAGACUUAAGUAAAAUACACUGAGGCCUGUGCCUGGGCAACUGUGUUCAGUAGAAGCUAACUCUAGUUAAAUUCGCUGUAGAAUACUUUGUAACUGUUUCCUGCUAUGAAGGAGAUUUAAAUGCAGAUGUGGAAAGAAUUCCAAAAUAUAGAUGACAUUCCUUUGGAAGAGAGGCUUCCAAUUUUCAUUUUGUACCUUUCCAAACGGACUGAAUUUUCUAAUCUUCCCCGUGGGUUACUUAGUAUGUCAACAGCGGUUAUUAAGAUAUAUGACCAGGAGUGAGAUUGCUGUAUCAUACAAAAAUGAACUCAAAAUGACUGAAAGACUUAAAUAUAAGACAUGAAACUAUAAAACUUCUAGAAGAGAACAUAGGCAAAAAAUGCUCUGACAUAAUCAUAACAUUUUCUUAGAUCAGUCUCUCAAGACAAAAGAAAUAAAAGCAAAAAUAAACAAAUGGGGCUUACUCGAACUUAUAAGCUCUUGCACAGCAAAGGAAACCAUGAACAAAACGAAAAGGCAACCUACGGAAUGGGAGAAAAUAUUUGCAAAUGAUGCAACCUACAAGGGCUUAAUAUCCAAAAUAUACAAACAGCUCAUACAGCUAAAUAUCAAAACAAACAAACAAACAAUCAAAAUAUGGGCAGAAGACCUAAACAGACAUUUCUCCAAAGACAUACAGGUGGCCAACAGGCACAUGAAAAGAUGCUCAACGUCCCUAAUUAUUAGAGAAAUGCAAAUCAAAAGUACAAUGAGGUUUCACCUCACACUGGUCAGGAUGGCCAUCAUCAAAAAGCCUGCAAACAGUAAAUGCUGGAGAGGGUGUGGAGAAAAGGGAACCUUCCUGCACUGUUGGUGCGAUGUAAACUGGUGCAGCCACUAUGGAGAAGAGUAUGGAGUUUCCUUAAAAAACUAAAAAUGGAAUUAGAGUUCUUCAUUGCAAUGAAUAGGAACUGACUGGGGCUGACUUCAAUAGAAAUUUAUUUGACAAGAGGAUUUGGGGUAAGUCUCAAAAUUAAUAGCAAGGAUGAAGGACCACACUUGGAAGAGAACAUGGGGAAACAAAAGCAAGCUGGGGACACAUUGCCAUCAUCAAAAUCACUCCAGAGAACAGCUGAUCGUGGACCCCAAUGUCAUUACUGCUGAAGCCUGGACCGACAGGUCACUUCACCCACUGACCCUGAACUUUAGGAUGCCUCCACUGCACAACUGCUGGUGCUGUCUCUGGAGACUGUUGUUUAAAAUUCUACCACUUCCUGAGGAGUUGUCCCCAUCUAUGCUUUUUGUGUCAGUUUCUCUUGAUUCCCUGCAGUGCCAAUUUCUUUGUGUCCUCAGGUUUUGUUUCUACAUUUGUGUGUCUGCUUAGUUGAACCUAAAGCACAUGUCCAUGCUCUGUUUUCUACAAAGGCUGAGAAAUCGAGUAUGAAAUUUUUACCUUUCAUUGUUAGUUAUGUCAAUUUCUCCGUGAAAGUCCUAGUAACAUGUACUGUCUCUCCUGUGUAUUUCUCUCAGGGACUUUGAAGCAUCGGUCCCACAUUUCCUAUCUCUUUUUAAUCACGACUCCCUGCGCCUUUUCUUUGCACCUUCUGUUACCUGCUUUACUGCCUAGUCCUUGAUUUUUAGGCAUUGAGGCUUCUCACAUGGAAAUAGUUCCUGAUUUCUCUCUUUUCUCUGAAACCUCAUGAAUUUUGAAAGCUGCUUCAAAUUUUUCAUUUUCUUUUUUUGAUUCAGGCAUAUUUUCUGCCGUAGUUCUCAUCCUUCAGUUUGUCCUUAAAAUUCUUCAAUUUUAAAGUUUCAUAACUGAAACCUUAGCAGUCAUGAAUGUAAUGAUUUCAUACCUCUUUAGCAAUAAAAUGAUUUCAAACCUGCACAUGAAAUCUGCAGAAUGACUAACUGCGGCUGGUCUGACUGGAGCCUGGGUAAGGGCUGGCUUUCUUUGCUAAGUACACCUUUUUUUCUCAUCUGUGCAGCCUCCCCUUGGCUGCCUGUACCAGUUGGAGUUUGGGGUUGCAAAGUAACAGACAGUGUAAUUUACUGGAAGGAGGUGAAGGCAGCUCAAAGAACUGAAGGCUGAAGGUCCAGCUGGGAACCAGCAGCAACUCAGGAUCUCAGGACCAUCUUCCUUACUGCACAGGAUGGGAAGUUGAUGCCCAGUAAGACUGAAGAUCCGUUCUGUUAAUAGACACUCUCCCAUCACAGAACUGUGGAUUACCUGUGGGUCCCCGGUGGUUUCACACCUUCACUCCCUCCUGCAGACCCAGAACAGUUACUUUGGGUCCUCUUUGCCCCAUCUGGUGAAAGAUGGCAUCCAGUCUGACUUGCACCGGGGUCAUCUGGGCUUUGCUCUCGUUUCUUUGUGCUGCCACCUCCUGCGUGGGGUUCUUCAUGCCUUACUGGCUCUGGGGAUCUCAGCUGGGCAAGCCUGUGUCCUUCGGUACUUUCCGGAGGUGCUCGUAUCCCGUGCACGAUGAGAGUCGGCAGAUGAUGGUGAUGGUGGAGGAAUGUGGGCGCUACGCCUCCUUCCAGGGCAUCCCCAGCACAGAAUGGAGGAUUUCUACCAUCGUGACAGGCCUGGGCUGUGGCCUCCUCCUGCUUGUGGCGCUCACCGCCCUCAUGGGCUGCUGUGUGUCGGAGCUCAUCUCCCGGACAGUGGGAAGAGUGGCUGGAGGAAUUCAGUUUCUGGGGGGCCUGUUGAUCGGUGCUGGCUGUGCCCUGUACCCCCUGGGCUGGGACAGUGAGGAGGUCCGGCAGACUUGUGGCUACAUUUCUGGCCAGUUUGACCUGGGUAAGUGUGAAAUCGGUUGGGCCUACUACUGCACGGGAGCAGGUGCUGCCACCGCCAUGCUGCUAUGCACAUGGCUGGCUUGCUUCUCAGGCAAGAAACAGAAACAGUACCCAUACUGAGAUGGAGCCACCAAGAGCAAACAGAGGAGAAGACGGGCUGAAGGGGCUGGGAGGGACUGAAGCAUCCAGUUAUUCUCAAAAGGUGGAAUAGUGGUUCUAAACCAUACAACACUAAUGAAAUGAAACCCAGUGGAAUUAAAGACAUUAUACCAUGUGGAAGGGUUGCGCAAGGUUUGUGAAAGAAAUGUAGAGCAUGGAAUGAUAGAGAAAAAUGGGCCAAAGGCUAAAAAUAUUGCAGGGUGUUGGGUGUUUCUAUCCCACAGAGUAUUGUUGAUGUAGAACACACACAUACACAAAACAAAUCUAUAUAUGCAGCAAACAAGGAUUUUUUUUUUUUAAGGAUGAUGACUCAGAGAAUCGAAAGGGCUAGUAGAAACAGUAUUAGGUUGGGAAGCAGGGUAACGCACAGACGUUCCCAGUAAGUCACGGCGUUUCUGAAAGCACACGAGCACAUACAGAUGUACGCAUCCACACACACGCCCACACACAGACGUUUAAAUUGUUGCACAGUCUGUAUGAGAGGUGUAGCAGUGCGUUACUCCUCUGUUUUCUUUUUAAUACACAUUUAAAAUACCAUAUUAUCACUUUAUAAAGUAUACAUUAAACCUAAUAAAUGGACCAAUAAGCCACUCUUAUCAGUAUUUUGUAUACUCUGCAUAAACUCUUUAUGCCCUCAACGUGUUUUCAGUGUUUAUGCAGAUCUUUAGAAUUAAGCCUUUGUAUUUCAGUAUUAUUCAAAAAAUAUGCAAUAUUUCUCUGAGUAGCUUCUGCUAUGGUAUUCUUAUGAAGUAAAGGGGCAACUUUCUGUCCACUGUAGGAGAGAAUUCAGUUGAAGAUGUGAGAGUAAUGAGAGACAUUUUCCAGUCACUAGAUCUUGUUUUCUUUCAUCCAUUAUUGUACUGUGCUGUACCACAUUUAUUCCAAUAUUCAUUUUGUAAAAAAUAAAAACGUGCUAUUUUGUUUGUAUUUGAAAAGCUCUGUGAAUAAAUUCUCUCUUUGAUCAGUA